GGUGUCAGGGACGACACAGCAACUCUGCAAAAGGAGGAAUCAGAUUAACUAUUGUUUAAAAGACAAUGAAUACUACAACCUGUCCAAACAUCAGCUUUAGCUUUCCGAAGAGAUUCCUGCCACCCGUCUACAUCGUAGUAUUCAUCAUUGGACUGAUCGCUAAUGGAUGGGGAUUGAAGUCUUUGUCACACAACUGGAAGAAACUGGGGAAUGUCAGUGUCUUUGUUCUUAACCUUGGACUAGCAGACAUUUUGUAUCUGCUCACACUCCCCUUUCUGAUUGUGUACUACUUUAAUGGAACUACAUGGAUCUUUGGAGAUGCAUUCUGCAAGGUAACCAGAUUCUGCUUCAACCUGAAUUUAUAUUGCAGCAUUGGGUUCCUCACUUGCAUAAGUGUAUACCGCUACCUGGCCAUUGUCCAUCCAAUGAGAGUGAUGGGAAGAAUAACUGUGACUCACUCUGUGGCAAUCUCAGUCAUUGUUUGGAUGUUAGUGAGUCUUCAAAGUCUUCCAGACAUGUUCUUCACCAAAUCAUCUGCAAAUGAGACUGGAAAAUGUUUUGAUACCACCUCUGAUGAAUAUGUUGAAGCCUACCUGAGAUACAGCUUUGUAUGGACACUCAUCGGAUUUUGUAUCCCAUCCAUCAUCACGCUCAGCUGCUAUGGACACAUGAUUUUUGUUCUCUGCUGCAACGAUAACAUUGAUGAGGCACUUAAACAAAGAAGCUUAAAGCUGUUAAUCAUCUUGAUUCUUCUCUUCUCUGUUUGUUAUAUCCCUUAUCAUAUCCUAAAGAACUUCAACCUCUGGUCAAGAGUUCUGUUAAAGCAGGGAAUAUGCUAUGAAUGGUUUAAUGGGGUCUACGUUGGUCAUCGGAUAUGUCGGGGUCUUGUGUGUCUCAACAGUGCACUCAACCCACUGGUGUACCUUCAUGUAAAUGACGGUAUUGCUUCUCAGCUCAGACAGCUGUUUUUGAGAGUUUGCCAAACAGUCACACAGCUGUCCACCAACAGUCGGACUGCUUUAGUGUCACUUCGAAAUGCGUGAUUUGAAAAAAAUAAACUGUUAUGUUGCAUCAUCAUCUAAGACUGGUGGACAUCCUCUGCUGGUGGAGAAGAGCAUCUCUGAAUGCACAACACCGGAACCUGCAGUGUGGGAGUGAGAGGGGCAGGGUAACGGCCCGGUCAGGCGGGGGAGAGAUUUGUCCGUCAAGACUCCUCUCCCUGGCCCUGCCCCUUCUCAACCUUUCCCCGACCCUGAACCUAACCUGGGACUUGCUGAUUGGGCCGGAGCUUCGGGAGCUGCAUGCUGGCCUGCGGUCCCCACCCCCGGUCAUCCCGUUGCUGCUUUCACCUGCCUGCUGUGCUGCUGACGUCCCCGACCCCCCAGUCUGGCCCUCGGCAGGAGGGUCCCCCCUUAUGAUCCUGGUCCUGCUCAAGGUUUCUUCCCUCCUAAAGGGGAGUUUUUCUUGCCACUGUUCGGCUUAAGGCUUUUCUCCCACUAUGGGAGUUUUUACCUGCCAUUGUUUAUAUAAUAAUUGCUUGGGGUUUAUGUUCAUGUUCUGGGUCUCUGGAAAGCAUCUGGAGACAACUUUUGUUGUAUUAGACGCUAUAUAAAUAAAAUUGAAUGGAAUUGAAUUGAAUUGAAUUGAAUUGAAUUGAAUUGAAUUGAAUUGAAUUGAAUUGAAUUGAAUUGAAUUGAAUUGAAGACUGCAACAUACUUAUUGGACUGUUUAAAAUAUGUAUUUAUACACUGAGUUUUUCUUGCCACUGCUUGAAUAGACAUGUUUUUCUCCCACUCGGGGGGCUUUUUACCUGCCACUCUUUACAUGUACUUUACUGUAUGUUAUGUUUAUGUAAUAAUUGCUCGGGGGUUCAUGUUCUGGGUCUCUGGAAAGAUCCUAGAGACAACUUGUAUUGUAAUAGACUUCUGUACUUAAAACUGGACUGUACGUGUUUGUGGCGGAGAGGCUAUGCAUUACUUUUUUGUUUUUUUGUGUUGUUUUUCUUCAAAGAAAAAGAAAUAAAGAACAGGAUGCAGGUGUUCACUUACCACAGACUGCAACGGAUUUGUUGCACAUUAAAGGAAGACAGUACAAGUUGCCAAAGUACUUGUGGUCAAAAACAAGAGAGAAUUUCACACCUGUUAUUCCGUCAGUUCCUUUGACUUAAGAUCAGCUUUAUUUCCUUUGCACCUCCUAAAUAGUCGUGUAAAUAAAUCUAUUUUGUGGAUUGUCUGUGAUGACAUGAAAAAACAACAACAACAAAAAAAACAGCACAUCUUUAAAUGACAACGAAAACUGUGUGUCAGCAGUGGCAUGUUUGUUACACUUCAUAAAUUCACAAAAUGAGAUCUGCAAACAAAUUAAAAAUGUUUGCAUGCUGAUAAACCCAGGAUUUCAGUCUUGGUGUUGCUGGAUCUCAGUGCUGCAUUCAACACGGUUGACCAUAAUAUCUCGUUAGAGCGGUUGAAAACUGGGCGGGACUUUCUGGCACAGCACUUGCCUGGUUAGAGUCCUAUAUAAAAGACAGGGACUAUUUUGUGCCUUGCAUCUUAGAUCUACAUUUCUCAGUUGCUAUUUUCUUAAAACACCUAGAUAUUAUUGGCUUUUGAUAAGCAUGUCUUGUAAAUUCUUGCUCUGGUUUUGUCGUACUUUUACAGUGCCAAGCUUCAUUUAUUGUAUCCUUAUUCAUUCAAGCUUGGCUUUCUUUUUUAAUAAGCAUGCAAAGGCAGUUUGUAUGCCUCAGUGCGCAGGUGUGAUGCACCCUUGUGCCUCAUGACGUGUUCGAUCCAGAAAACAGCAUUGUCUGUAGGCUUAAUUGGUUUGUCGUGAUGCAGUUGCAACAGUUUCAUUAUAUACUGCACGGUGAGGCAUCGUUCAGCUUUUAUGCUCUUUACCUGUGGAACAAACUCCCAGAAUGCAUCAGGGCUGCUGAAACUCUCAAUUGAUUGUAUGGUUUGUUUCUGUACUGUCCUGUUGCAUAUGUUAUCUGUACACGCACUGAUGCUGAUGCUUUUCCACAAAUGAAGUUCCUAACGGAUAAAUAAAGUUAUUUAUUAUUAUAAUUGUUUUAAGUCAAAGUUGAAAACCUUUUUAUUUACUGCUGCAUUUCAGUAGUCUCCCACAAUGCACU